GACAUCAGUAUAGGUAUAAAGUGCUCUCCAGGUGUGGUGGGACCGGCAGAGGCAGACAUCGACUUCGACAUAAUCAGGAACGACAAUGACACGUUUACCGUUAAAUACACCCCGCAAGGCGCUGGUAGCUACACUAUCAUGGUGCUAUUCGCUGACCAGGUGAGUAGAGUUUCAGGUGUUGGUGUGUAGUGUAUAGUAUGUAUGUAUGCUGUUCGCUAAACCUUGAGUCAGUGUCAAGUCCCAAGUCCCUACCUUUACUAAUUCUGCCACCUGUAUACUCUAGUCAAUGUUGAGUCUCAAAUCCCUUGUUUAGGAUGCGGUCUAACCAUCUUGCAAGCUACAUAUCAGAAUAAAGGUAGCUGGCUCACAGUGUUACACAUCAGCAUGGCUAGUUAAAUAAUACAGUAGUUAGCUAGCUUAGUGUUACACAUCAGCAUGGCUAGUUAAAUAAUACAGUAGUUAGCUAGCUUAGUGUUACACAUCAGCAUGGCUAGUUAAAUAAUACAGUAGUUAGCUAGCUUAGUGUUACACAUCAGCAUGGCUAGUUAAAUAAUACAGUAGUUAGCUAGCUUAGUGUUACACAUCAGCAUGGCUAGUUAAAUAAUACAGUAGUUGCAUUUGAAAAAGUGGACUCGAGUACUAUAACACUGUGUGUAUAUGUGACCGACCGGCUCGAUUUGGUCUUAUGUAGCAACAUUUGAAAUGGUGUUUUUUACAUUGGAUAAAAGUAGAGACUCAGAGCUACAUUUACCUUUACAUUUACGUCAUUUAGCAGACGCUCUUAUCCAGAGCGACUUACAAAUUGGUGCAUUCACCCUAUAGCCAGUGGGAUAACCACUUUACAAUUUUUUAUUUUAUUAUUUUUUUUAGGGGGGGGGGGGGGGGGGUAGAAGGAUUACUUUAUCCUAUCCCAGGUAUUCCUUAAAGAGGUGGGGUUUCAAAUGUCUCCGGAAGGUGGUGAGUGACUCCGCUGUCCUGGCGUCGUGAGGGAGCUUGUUCCACCAUUGGGGUGCCAGAGCAGCGAACAGUUUUGACUGGGCUGAGCGGGAACUAUGCUUCCGCAGAGGAAGGGGAGCCAGCAGGCCAGAGGUGGAUGAACGCAAUGCCCUCGUUUGGGUGUAGGGACUGAUCAGAGCCUGAAGGUACGGAGGUGCCGUUCCCCUCACAGCUCCAUAGGCAAGCACCAUGGUCUUGUAACAGAUGCGAGCUUCAACUGGAAGCCAGUGGAGUGUGCGGAGGAGCGGGGUGACGUGAGAGAACUUGGGAAGGUUGAACACCAGACGGGCUGCGGCAUUCUGGAUGAGUUGUAGGGGUUUAAUGGCACAGGCAGGGAGCCCAGCCAACAGCGAGUUGCAUUAAUCCAGACGGGAGAUGACAAGUGCCUGGAUUAGGACCUGUGCCGCUUCCUGUGUAAGGCAGGGUCGUACUCUCUGAAUGUUGUAGAGCAUGAACCUGCAGGAUCGGGUCACCGCCUUGAUGUUAGGGGAGAACGACAGGGUGUUGUCCAGGGUCGCGCCAAGGUUCUUUGCACUCUGGGAGGAGGACACAACGGAGUUGUCAACCGUGAUGGCGAGAUCAUGGAACGGGCAGUCCUUUCCCGGGAGGAAGAGCAGCUCCGUCUUGCCAAGGUUCAGCUUGAGGUGGUGAUCCGUCAUCCAUACUGAUAUGUCUGCCAGACAUGCAGAGAUGCGAUUCGCCACCUGGUUAUCAGAAGGGGGAAAGGAGAAGAUUAGUUGUGUAUCGUCAGCGUAGCAAUGAUAGGAGAGGCCAUGUGAGGAUAUGACAGAGCCAAGUGACUUGGUGUAUAGCGAGAAUAGGAGAGGGCCUAGAACUGAGCCCUGGGGGACACCAGUGGUGAGAGCACGUGGUGCGGAGACAGCUUCUCGCCACGCCACUUGGUAGGAGCGACCGGUCAGGUAGGACGCAAUCCAAGAGUGAGCCGCGCCGGAGAUGCCCAGCUCGGAGAGGGUGGAGAGGAGGAUCUGAUGGUUCACAGUAUCAAAGGCAGCAGACAGGUCUAGAAGGACAAGAGCAGAGGAGAGAGAGUUAGCUUUAGCAGUGUGGAGAGCCUCCGUGACACAGAGAAGAGCAGUCUCAGUUGAAUGACCAGUCCUGAAACCUGACUGGUUUGGGUCAAGAAGGUCAUUCUGAGAGAGAUAGCAAGAGAGUUGGCUAAAGACGGCACGCUCAAUAGUUUUGGAAAGAAAAGAAAGAAGGGAUACUGGUCUGUAGUUGUUGACAUCAGAGGGAUCGAGUGUUGGUUUUUUGAGAAGGGGUGCAACUCUCGCUCUCUUGAAGACGGAAGGGACAUAGCCAGCGGUCAAGGAUGAGUUGAUCAGCGAGGUGAGGUAGGGGAGAAGGUCACCGGAGAUGGUCUGGAGAAGAGAGGAGGGGAUGGGGUCAAGCGGGCAGGUUGUUGGGCGGCCUGCAGUCAAAAGUCGCGAGAUUUUAUCUGGAGAGAGAGGGGAGAAAGAAGUCAAAGCAUAGGGCAGGGCAGUGUGAGCAGGACCAGCAGUGUCAUUAGACUUAACAAACAAGGAUCGGAUGUCGUCAACCUUCUUUUCAAAGUGGUUGACAAAGUCAUCCACAGAGAGGGAGGAGGGGGGGGGGGGGGGGGAGGAGAAUGUGGCAAAGAGCUUCCUAGGGUUAGAGGCAGAUGCUUGGAAUUUAGAGUGGUAGAAAGUGGCCUUGGCAGCAGAAACAGAUGAAGAGAAUGUAGAGAGGAGGGAGUGAAAAGAUGCCAGGUCCGCAGGGAGUCUAGUUUUCUUCCAUUUCCGCUCAGCUGCCCGGAGCUCUGUUCUGUGAGCUCGCAAUGAGUCAUCAAGCCACGGAGCUGGAGGGGAGGAGAGGAUAGGGGACACAUGGUAUAUCAUACACUGCAGUUGAGGAACAAUGGGAAAGUAAUUCUGCUUUGAGAAAAUGGCCCUUGAAUGUUUUGAUACUUACUGGAGAGCUCUUCUUUGUCUACACCCAUUCAACAUCGUUCACACCUUUUAAGCUUUAGCCCCACCCAUCUCUUUAAGGAUUCACAUGUGAGGCUAUGUACUAAACAACCAAAGAUUUCAAGACUGAAGGCUGGUUUAUACUACGGAUGUGUUCAUAAAUUUAAUCUGGAGUGCAAGAGUGUGCUCUGGGCUUUCGUAAACUCAAGAGUGUUGUCAGAUUGUCAGAUCAAAGCGUUUCGGUCUCAGAGUGCACACUGGACGCUCUGGCCGAGGAGUAGGGUUGAUCCGAGCGUUCUGACCUAACAACAGCAGUCAAGCACCCAAGCUAACUGGCUAAUGUUGGCCAGCUACUUCCAGACACAAAUGAGAGAACAGCUCACUCUGACCAUUUUACUCACCCUAGCAGAGCUGGUUAGGCUGUGUUUAUGUUAUCCAGAGCGUUGGUGACUGCAACUGUGCUGCUGGCAACAAUUUCAUUACGCUUUUUUGCCAACGUUUACUGUCACCGGCCAUAUUCAACGGGUGUUGAGCGUUCAUAAAUUUGUCAGUUAUUCUGCGCUCUGGCACACUCAGAUGAGAGUGCUCUGAAAUGGGAGUAGAUAGAGCGAAUUAACCAGCUACGUCUAUCGACAGUUGUCACAGUGACAUCAUGAACAUUCUAUUGAAAUGGUUACUUGCAUAGUGGAGUCUUUUGUUUAGACAUGUAGGUUCCUGUGAAGUAGUGACACACGACAUACGCCUAGUUUCCUGUGAAGUAGUGACAUACGUCUAGUUUCCUGUGAAGUAGUGACACACGACAUACGUCUAGUUUCCUGUGAAGUAGUGACACACGACAUACGUCUAGUUUCCUGCGAAGUAGUGACACACGACAUACGUCUAGUUUCCUGUGAAGUAGUGACAUACGUCUAGUUUCCUGUGAAGUAGUGACACACGACAUACGCCUAGUUUCCUGUGAAGUAGUGACAUACGCCUAGUUUCCUGUGAAGUAGUGACACACGACAUACCCCUAGUUUCCUGUGAAGUAGUGACACACGACAUACGCCUACUUUCCUGUGAAGUAGUGACAUACGCCUAGUUUCCUGUGAAGUAGUGACGAACGACAUACGCCUAGUUUCCUGUGAAGUAGUGACAUACGUCUAGUUUCCUGUGAAGUAGUGACAUACGUCUAGUUUCCUGUGAAGUAGUGACACACGACAUACGUCUAGUUUCCUGUGAAGUAGUGACACACGACAUACGCCUAGUUUCCUGUGAAGUAGUGACACGUGACAUACGUCUAGUUUCCUGUGAAGUAGUGACACACGACAUACGCCUAGUUUCCUGUGAAGUAGUGACACGUGACAUACGCCUAGUUUCCUGUGAAGUAGUGACACACGACACACGUCUAGUUUCCUGUGAAGUAGUGACAUACGUCUAGUUUCCUGUGAAGUAGUGACAUACGUCUAGUUUCCUGUGAAGUAGUGACACACGACAUACCCCUAGUUUCCUGUGAAGUAGUGACAUACGCCUAGUUUCCUGUGAAGUAGUGACACACGACAUACCCCUAGUUUCCUGUGAAGUAGUGACAUACGUCUAGUUUCCUGUGAAGUGGUGACACACGACAUACGUCUAGUUUCCUGUGAAGUAGUGACACGUGACAUACGUCUAGUUUCCUGUGAAGUAGUUAUAUACGCCUAGUUUCCUGUGAAGUAGUAACACACGACAUACGUCUAGUUUCCUGUGAAGUAGUGACAUACGUCUAGUUUCCUGUGAAGUAGUGACACACGACAUACGUCUAGUUUCCUGUGAAGUAGUGACACACGACAUACGUCUAGUUUCCUGCGAAGUAGUGACACACGACAUACGUCUAGUUUCCUGUGAAGUAGUGACAUACGUCUAGUUUCCUGUGAAGUAGUGACACGUGACAUACGCCUAGUUUCCUGUGAAGUAGUGACACACGACAUACGUCUAGUUUCCUGUGAAGUAGUGACAUACGACAUACGCCUAGUUUCCUGUGAAGUAGUGACACACGACAUACGUCUAGUUUCCUGUGAAGUAGUGACACACGACAUACGUCUAGUUUCCUGCGAAGUAGUGACACACGACAUACGUCUAGUUUCCUGUGAAGUAGUGACAUACGUCUAGUUUCCUGUGAAGUAGUGACACGUGACAUACGCCUAGUUUCCUGUGAAGUAGUGACACACGACAUACGUCUAGUUUCCUGUGAAGUAGUGACAUACGACAUACGCCUAGUUUCCUGUGAAGUAGUGACACACGACAUACGUCUAGUUUCCUGUGAAGUAGUGACACACGACAUACGUCUAGUUUCCUGUGAAGUAGUGACACACGACAUACGUCUAGUUUCCUGUGAAGUAGUGACAUACGACAUACGUCUAGUUUCCUGUGAAGUAGUGACAUACGACAUAUGUCUAGUUUCCUGUGAAGUAGUGACAUACGUCUAGUUUCCUGUGAAGUAGUGACACACGACAUACGUCUAGUUUCCUGUGAAGUAGAGACACACAACAUACGCCUAGUUUCCUGUGAAGUAGUGACACACGACAUACGUCUAGUUUCCUGUGAAGUAGUGACACACGACAUACGUCUAGUUUCCUGUGAAGUAGUGACAUACGUCUAGUUUCCUGUGAAGUAGUGACAUACGCCUAGUUUCCUGUGAAGUAGUGACAUACGCCUAGUUUCCUGUGAAGUAGUGACAUACGUCUAGUUUCCUGUGAAGUAGUGACACACGACAUACGCCUAGUUUCCUGUGAAGUAGUGACACACGACAUACAUCUAGUUUCCUGUGAAGUAGUGACAUACGUCUAGUUUCCUGUGAAGUAGUGACACGUGACAUACGCCUAGUUUCCUGUGAAGUAGUGACACACGACAUACGCCUAGUUUCCUGUGAAGUAGUGACAUACGUCUAGUUUCCUGUGAAGUAGUGACACGUGACAUACGCCUAGUUUCCUGUGAAGUAGUGACACACGACAUACGCCUAGUUUCCUGUGAAGUAGUGACAUACGUCUAGUUUCCUGUGAAGUAGUGACACGUGACAUACGCCUAGUUUCCUGUGAAGUAGUGACACACGACAUACGCCUAGUUUCCUGUGAAGUAGUGACACACAACAUAUGCCUAGUUUCCUGUGAAGUAGAGACACACGACAUACGUCUAGUUUCCUGUGAAGUAGUGACUGUCACGCCCUGGCUCUAGGGACUCUUUUAUGUUGAGCCAGGGUGUGUAGAGUCUAUGUUUUGUGCUCUUUGUUUUCCAUUCUAGGUCUUGUAUUUCUAUGUUGGCCAGAGUGGUUCCCAAUCAGAGGCAACGAGUGUCAGCUGUUGCUGGUUGUCUCUGAUUGGGAACCAUAUUUAAACAGUCUGUUUUCCCUCAGUGUUUGUGGGAUCUUUUUCCGUGUUUCCUGUGUAGGUUUGUGUUCGCAAUUUUGGACGUCACGUAUCGUUUUUGUUGUUUUGUUCGUGUAAACAUUUAAAUAAAUAUAAGUAUGUUUGCAUUCAACGCUGCGCAUUGGUCCUCUGUUCCCGACGAUCGUGACAGUGACACACGACAUACGUCUAGUUUCCUGUGAAGUAGUGACACACGACAUACGUCUAGUUUCCUGUGAAGUUGUGACAUACGACAUACGUCUAGUUUCCUGUGAAGUAGUGACACACGACAUACGUCUAGUUUCCUGUGAAGUAGUGACACACGUCUAGUUUCCUGUGAAGUAGUGACACACGACAUAUGCCUAGUUUCCUGUGAAGUAGUGACAUACGUCUAGUUUCCUGUGAAGUAGUGACACACGACAUACGUCUAGUUUCCUGUGAAGUAGUGACACACGACAUAUGCCUAGUUUCCUGUGAAGUAGUGACACACGACAUACGUCUAGUUUCCUGUGAAGUAGUGACACACGUCUAGUUUCCUGUGAAGUAGUGACACACUACAUACGUCUAGUUUCCUGUGAAGUAGUGACACACGACAUACGUCUAGUUUCCUGUGAAGUAGUGACACACGACAUACGUCUAGUUUCCUGUGAAGUAGUGACACACGACAUACGUCUAGUUUCCUGUGAAGUAGUGACACACGACAUACGUCUAGUUUCCUGUGAAGUAGUGACACACAUCAUACGUCUAGUUUCCUGUGAAGUAGUGACACACGACAUACGUCUAGUUUCCUGUGAAGUAGUGACACACGACAUACGUCUAGUUUCCUGUGAAGUAGUGACAUACGUCUAGUUUCCUGUGAAGUAGUGACACACGACAUACGCCUAGUUUCCUGUGAAGUAGUGACACACAACAUACGUCUAGUUUCCUGUUAAGUAGUGACACACGACAUACGCCUAGUUUCCUGUGAAGUAGUGACAUACGUCUAGUUUCCUGUGAAGUAGUGACACACGACAUACGCCUAGUUUCCUGUGAAGUAGUGACACACAACAUACGUCUAGUUUCCUGUGAAGUAGUGACACACGACAUACGCCUAGUUUCCUGUGAAGUAGUGACAUACGCCUAGUUUCCUGUGAAGUAGUGACACACAACAUACGUCUAGUUUCCUGUGAAGUAGUGACACACGACAUACGUCUAGUUUCCUGAAACGAGUCACAUAUAGUGUGUGUUUGAGUAAUGUCGUAUGCCUCUCCUCUGUGUUCCAGACCAUCCCCAUGACUCCCAUCAGGAUCAAAGUUGACCCGUCACAUAACGCCAGCAAGGUGAAGGCCGAGGGACCAGGACUCAACCACAGUGGUGAGACACACACACACACACACACACACACCACACACACACGCUACACACACAGCAGUUCCUCCACCAGAGAUAAUUAACCCUUCCCUGUUCCCUGCCCUCUCUCCCCUCCUCUUCCCAUAUCUCUCGUCCAGGUGUGGAGUUAAACAAGCUGACCCACUUCACAGUAAACGCCAAGGCUGCAGGUAAAGCCAAGCUGGACGCUGUGUUCUCCGGCCCGGCUAAAGGAGAGACGGUCAAGGACUUUGAGAUCAUCAACAACCACGAUAACACCCACACGGUCAAGUACACCCCCGUCCAGCAGGGCCCUCUGGGAGUGGCCGUCACCUACGGAGGAGAUUCUGUUCCCAAGAGUCCCUUCUCCAUCCCCGUGGUACCAAGCCUCGACCUCAGCAACAUACAAGUGGCUGGACUGGGUGAUAGUAUGUACACUAUAUAUACUAUAUAUACUAUAGACAUAAGUGGCUGGACUGGGUGAUAGUAUGUACACUAUAUAUACUAUAUAUCAGUGGCGGUUGGUGCCUUUUCAGUUGAGGGAGGAUUUUUUUUUGUUUCAUGAGCAUGGCCUUAUAUCUAUUACUGCCAUUCAUAUUCCCCAGCUCAAUGUAACAUCCAUAGGUUUAGGAUACUACAUGAUACUCCAUAUUAGCUAAAGUAACGUCAUAGUCAGCAUAGCUAAUAGAACUAACGUGUUAGUAAACCCGCUACAAUCAUGCAGUAACGUUACAGUGUACAGUCAGUAAGCAGUUACACUGGCGGGCCCCGGUGGCAAUAAAUUAGUAAAACCAAAAAAUGUACCUUUUUAUGCCUUGACUUGGAAGAGUUCCAGUGUUGUGUUUGAGCUGGGUGUUCCAGUAGGCUAAACUAGCCAGCUAGCUAACAUAGCAUCACUCUCUGUUUGAGCUGGGUGUUCCAGUGGGCUAAACUAGCCAGCUAGCUAACAUAGCAUCCCUCUGUUUGAGCUGGGUGUUCCAGUAGGCUAAACUAGUUAGCUGCAUUUGCUAGCUAAGUAAGUGAAACUGAAAGUGAAAAAAAGAUGCUAAAUCUCUCUCUCUCUCUAUUUCUCUCUUGCUUCUCCUUCAUUUAGGAAGAAAUUAAUUUGUUCAAAACUGUUCAACUAUUGUCUUUCUCUCUCUUUGAGUCAACUACUCACCACAUGUUAUACACUGCAGUGCUAGCUAGCUGUAGUUUAUGCUUUCAGUAAUAGAUUAAUUCUCUGAUGCUUUGAUUGGGUGGACAACAUGUCAGUUCAUGCUGCAAGAGCUCUGGUAGGUUGGAGGACGUCCUCCGGAAGUUGGCAUAAUUCCUGUGUAAGUCUAUGGUUCUCACUGGGCCUCCUAGGUUUUGUAUAGAAGUCAAUGUACCCAGAGGAGGACGGAAGCUAGCUGUCCUCAUUUAUAUAUAUUUUUUUACAUUUUAGUCAUUUAGCAGACGCUCUUAUCCAGAGCGACUUACAGUUAGUGAGUGCAUACAUUAUUUUGGGAAUUGAACGCACAACCCUGGCGUUGCAAACGCCAUGCUCUACCAACUGAGCUACAUCCCUGCCGGCCAUUCCCUCCCCUACCCUGGACAACGCUGGGCCAAUUGUGCGCCGCCCCAUGGGUCUCCCGGUCGCGGCCGGCUACGACUGGAUUCGAACCAGGAUCUCUAGUGGCACAGCUAGCACUGCGAUGCAGUGCCUUAGACCACUGCGCCACUCGGGAGGGUAAACUCUACACUAUGGUGCUACCCUACAGAGUGCUGUUGAGGCUACUGUAGACCUUCUUUUGCAAAAUAGUGUCUUUUAAUCAAUUAUCUAGUGACGUGAUUAGAUUUUGUAUAGUUUUAUAUAAAAAGGAUAGCUUUUUAAAUGAAAUUCACUGAGGAGGAUGGUCCUCCCCUUCCUCCUCUGAGGAGCCUCCACUGCUAUAUCUACUAUAUAUACUAUAUCACUAUCUAUCUACACUACGUACUAUAUAUACUAUAAAUACUAUAUCACUGUCUACACUACAUACUAUAUAUACAGUUCGUUCGGAAAGUAUUCAGACCCCUUCCCUUUUUCCACAUUUGUUAUGUUACAGACUUAUUCUAAAAUGUAUUAAAAUGUUUAAAAAAAAAUCUAAAUCACACAAUAUCAAAGCGAAAAACAGGUUUUUAGAAAUUUUAGCAAAUGCAUUAAAAAUAAAACAGAAACACCUUAUUUACAUAUGUAUUCAGACCCUUUGCUAUGAGACUCAAAAUUAAACUCAGGUGCAUCCUGUUUCCAUUGAUCACCCUUGAGAUGUUUCUAUAACUUGAUUGGAGUCCACCUGUGGUAAAUUUAAUUGAUUGGACAUGAAUUGGAAAGGCAUACACCUGUCUAUAUAAGGUCCCACAGACGACAGUACAUGUCAGAGCAAAAACCAAGCCAUGAGGUCGAAGGAAUUGUCCGUAGAGCUCCGAGACAGGAUUGUGUCGAAGCACAGAUCUGGGGAAGGGUACCAAAGCAUUUCUACACAUUUGAAGGUCCCCAAGAACACAGUGGCCUCCAUCAUUCUUAAAUGGAAGACGUUUGGAACCACCAAGACUCUUCCUAGAGCUGGCCGCCCGGCCAAACUGAGCAAUCGGGGGAGAAGGGCCUUGGUCAGGGAGGUGAUGGUCACUCUGACAGAGCUCCAGAGUUCCUCUGUGGAGAUGGGAGAACCUUCCAGAAGGACAACCAUCUCUGCAGAACUCCAGCAAUCAGGCCUUUAUGGUAGAAUGGCCAGACGGAAACCACUCCUCAGUAAAAGGCACAUGACAGCCCGCUUGGAGUUUGCCAAAAGGCACCUAAAGACUCUCAGACCAUGAGAAACAAGAUUCUCUGGUCUGAUGAAACCAAGAUUGAACUCUUUGGCCUGAAUGCCAAGCGUCAUGUCUGGAGGAAACCUGGCACCAUCCCUACGGUGAAGCAUGGUGGUGGCAGCAUCAUGCUGUGGGGAUGUUUUUCAGCGGCAGGGAGACUAGUCAGGAUCGACGGAAAAAUGAACGGAUCAAAGUACAGAGAGAUCCUUGAUGAAAACCUUCUCCAGAGCGCUCAGGACCUCAGACUGGGGUGAAGGUUCACCUUCCAACAGGACAACAUCUCUGGAGAGACCUGAAAAUAGCUUUGCAGCGACGCUCCCCAUCCAACCUGACAGAGCUUGAGAGGAUCUGCAGAGAAGAAUGGGAGAAACCCAAAUACAGGUGUGCCAAGCUUGUAGCGUCAUACCCAAGAACACUUAAGGCUGUAAUCACUGACAAAGGUGCUACAACAAAGUACUGAGUAAAUGGUCUGAAUACUUAUGUAAAUUUGAUAUUUCAGUUUUUUAUUUUUAAAUACAUUUGAACAAAUUUCUAAAAACCUGUUUUUGCUUUGUCAUUAUGGGGUAUUGUGUGUAGAUUGAUGACAAUUUUUGAAUAAGGCUGUAAAGUAACAAAAUGUGGAAAAAGUCAAGGGGUCUGAAUGAUUUCUGAAUGCGCUGUAUAUAUAUAUAUAUAUAUAUACUAUAUAUAUACUAUAUCACUAUCUAGCUACACUUUAUGCUAUAUAUACUAUAUAUACACUACUGUUCAAAAGUUUUGGGUCACUUAGAAAUGUCCUUGUUUUCCAUGUAAACAUACAUGAAAUGAGUUUGAAUAGGAAAUAUAGCAAAAUGCAUAGGAAAUGUAGUCAUUGACAAGGUUAGAAAUAAUUAUUUUUAAUAGAAAUAAUAAUUGUGUACUCCAAACUUUUUAUUCGUCAAAGAAUCCUCCAUUUGCAGCCUUUUGCGUUCUAGUUGUCAAUUUGUUGAGGUAAUCUGAAGGGAUUUCACCCCAUGCUUCCUGAAGCACCUCCCACAAGUUGGAUUGGCUUGAUGGCCACUUCUUACGUACCAUACGGUCAAGCUGCUCCCACAACAGCUCAAUAGGGUUGAGAUCCGGUGACUGUGCUGGCCACUCCAUUAUAGACAGAAUACCAGCUGACUGCUUCUUCCCUAAAUAGUUCUUGCAUAGUUUGGAGCUGUGCUUUGGGUCAUUGUCCUGUUUUAGGAGGAAAUUGGCUCCAAUCAAGUGCUGUCCACAGGGUAUGGCAUGGCGUUGCAAAAUGGAGUGAUAGCCUUCCUUCUUCAAGAUCCCUUUUACCCUGUACAAAUCUCCCACUUUACCACCACCAAAGCAACCCCAGACCAUCACAUUGCCUCCACCAUGCUUGACAGAGCACUCCUCCAUCAUCUUUUCAUUUGGUCUGCGUCUCACAAAUGUUAUUCUUUGUGAUCCGAACACCUCAAACUUCGUUUUGUCUGUCAUAACACUUUUUUCCAAUCUUCCUCUGUCCAGUGUCUGUGUUCUUUUGCCCAUCUUAAUCUUUUAUUUUUAUUGGCCAGUCUGAGAUAUAGCUUUUUCUUUGCAACUCUGCCUAGAAGGUCAGCAUCCCGGAGUCGCCUCUUCACUGUUGACAUUGAGACUGGUGUUUUGCGGGUACUAUUUAAUGAAGCAGCCAGUUGAGGACCUGUGAGGCGUCUGUUUCUCAAACUGGACACUAAUGUAUUUGUCCUCUUGCUCAGUUGUGCACCGGGGCCUCCCACUCCUCUUUUUAUUCUAGUUAGAGCCAGUUUGCGCUGUUCUGUGAAGGGAGUAGUACACAGUGUUGUACGAGAUCUUCAGUUUCUUGGCAAUUUCUCGCAUGGAAUAGCCUUCAUUUUUCAGAACAAGAAUAGACUGACGAGUUUCAGAAGAAAGUUAUUUCUUUCUGGCCAUUUUGAUUCUGUAAUCAAACCCACAAUUGCUAAUGCUCCAGAUACACAACUAGUCUCAAGAAGGCCAGUUUUAUUGCUUCUUUAAUCAGCACAACAGUUUUCAGUUGAGCUAACAUAAUUGCAAAAAGGGUUUUCUAAUGAUCAAUUAGCCUUUUAAAAUGAUAAACUUGGAUUAGCAAACACAACGUGCCAUUGGAACACAGGACUGAUGGUUGCUGAUAAUGGGCCUCUGUACGCCUAUUUAGAUAUUCCAUAAAAAAUCAGCCGUUUCCAGCUACAAUAGCCAUUUACAACAUUAACAAUGUCAACACUGUAUUUCUGAUCAAUUAUAUGUUAUUUUAAUCGACAAAAAAAUAGCUUUUCUUUCGAAAACAAGGACAUUUCUAAGUGACCCCAAACUUUUGACCGGUAGCAUACUAUAUACUACACUACAUACUAGACUCAGCAAAAAAAUAAAUGUCCCUUUUUCAGGAUAAUUUGUAAAAAUCCAAAUAACUUCACAGAUCUUCGUGCUUGUUCAAUUAACCAUAAACAAUGAAUGAACAUGCACCUGUGGAACGGUCGUUAAGACACUAAUAGCUUACAGACGGUAGGCAAUUAAGGUCACAGUUAUGAAAACUUAGGACACUAAAGAGGCCUUUCUACUGACUCUGAAAAACACCAAAAGAAAAUCCCCAGGGUCCCUGCUCAUCUGCGUGAACGUGCCUUAGGUAUGCUGCAAGGAGGCAUGAGGACUGCAGAUGUGGCCAGGGCAAUAAAUUGCAAUGUCCGUACUGAGAGACGCCUAAGACAGCCCUACAGGGAGACAGGACGGACAGCUGAUCGUCCUCGCAGUGGCAGACCACGUGUAACAACACCUGCACAGGAUCGGUACAUCCGAACAUCACACCUGCGGGACAGGUACAGGAUGGCAACAAAAACUGCCCGAGUUACACCAGGAACGCACAAUCCCUCCAUCAGUGCUCAGACUGUCCGCAAUAGGCUGAGAGAGGCUGGACUGAGGGUUUGUAGGCCUGUUGUAAGGCAGGUCUUCACCAGACAUCACGGGCAACAACGUCGCCUAUGGGCACAAACCCACCGUCGCUGGACCAGACAGGACUGGCAAAAAGUGCUCUUCACUGACGAGUCGCGGUUUUGUCUCACCAGGGGUGAUGGUCGGAUUCGCGUUUAUCGUCGAAGGAAUGAGCGUUACACCGAGGCCUGUACUAUGGAGCGGGAUCGAUUUGGAGGUGGAGGAUCCGUCAUGGUCUGGGGCGGUGUGUCACAGCAUCAUCGGACUGAGCUUGUUGUCAUUGCAGGCAAUCUCAAUGCUGUGCGUUACAGGGAAGACAUCCUCCUCCCUCAUGUGGUACCCUUCCUGCAGGCUCAUCCUGACAUGACCCUCCAGCAUGACAAUGCCACCAGCCAUACUGCUCGUUCUGUGCAUGAAUUCCUGAAAGACAGGAAUGUCAGUGUUCUGCCAUGGCCAGCGAAGUUCCCAGAUCUCAAUCCCAUUGAGCACGUCUGGGACCUGUUGGAUCGGAGGGUGAGGGCUAGGGCCAUUCCCCCCAGAAAUGUCCGGGAACUUGCAGGUGCCUUGGUGGAAGAGUGGGGUAACAUCUCACAGCAAUAACUGGCAAAUCUGGUGCAGUCCAUGAGGAGGAGAUGCACUGCAGUACUUAAUGCAGCUGGUGGCCACACCAGAUACUGACUGUUACUUUUGAUUUUGACCCCCCCCCCCCCUUUUUUCAGGGACACAUUAUUCAAUUUCUGUUAGUCACAUGUCUGUGGAACUUGUUCAGUUUAUGUCUCAGUUGUUGAAUCUUGUUAUGUUCAUACAAAUGUUUACACAUGUUACGUUUGCUGAAAAUAAACGCAGUUGACAGUGAGAGGACGUUUAUAUCUCUUCUCUUCUAUCUCUCUUUCUACAUUUAUAUUUUUACAUUUUAGUCAUUUAGCAGACGCUCUUAUCCAGAGUGACUUAGUUAGUGAGUGCAUACAUUAUUUUUUUAUUUUUCAUACUGGCCCCCCGUGGGAAUCGAACCCACAACCCUGGCGUUGCAAACGCCAUGCUCUACCAACUGAGCUACAUCCUUGCCAGCCAUUCCCUCUCCUACCCUGGACGACGCUGGUCCAAUUGUGCGCCGCCCCAUGGGUCUCCCGGUUGCGGCCGGCUCUUCUCUUCUAUAUCUUUUCUCUUCUAUCUCUCCAUCUCUUCUCUUCUAUAUAUCUAUCUCUUCUUCUAUACAGUGGCUUGUGAAAGUAUUCACCCCCUUUCGCAUUUUUCCUAUUUUGUUGCCUUACAACCUGGAAUUAAAAUGGUUUGUAUCAUUUGAUUUACACAACAUGCCUACCACUUUGAAGAUGCAAAAUAUGUUUUAUUGUGAAACAAACAAGUAAUAAGACAAAAAAACAGAACUUGAGCGUGCAUAACUAUUCACCCCCCCAAAGUCAAUACUUUGUAGAGUCACCUUUUGCAGCAAUUACAGCUGCAAGUCUCUUGGGGUAUGUCUCUAUAAGCUUGGCACAUCUAACAACUGGGAUUUUUGCCCAUUCUUCAAGGCAAAACUUCUCCAGCUCCUUCAAGUUGGAUGGGUUCCGCUGGUGUACAGCAAUAUUUAAGUCAUACCACAGAUUCUCAAUUAGAAUGAGGUCUGGGCUUUGACUAGGCCAUUCCAAGACAUGUAAAUGUUUCCCCUUAAACCACUUGAGUGUUGAUUUAGCAGUAUGCUUAGGGUCAUUGUCCUGCUGGAAGGUGAACCUCUGUCCCAGUCUCAAAUCUCUGGAAGACUGAAACAUGUUUCCAUCAAGAAUUUCCCUGUAUUUAGCGCCAUCCAUCAUUCCUUCAAUUCUGACCAGUUUCCCAGUCCCUGCCGACGAAAAACAUCUGUACUUCUCCACAACUUUGUCCAUGACCUGUUUGGAGAGCUCCUUGGUCUUCAUAGUGUCGCUUGCUUGGUGGUGCCCCUUGCUUAGUGGUGUUGCAGACUCUGGGGCCUUUCAGAACAGGUGUAUAUAUACUGAGAUCAUGUGACAGAUCAUGUGACACUUAGAUUCUAUCUCGAUAUCUCUUCUAUCUCUCUAUCUCUUCCUCUAUCUAUGUAGAGAUGACGGUGGGUAAGGACCAGGAAGUGACGGUGAAGUGUAAAGGAGCAGGAGGUCAGGGGAUGGUCUGGGCCAAGGUUACAGGGCCUUCUGGGACACCUGUCACCAGCAAGGUAGGUAUUUUAACUCUAUUUUAAUUAUAUUACUAUAUUUUAAUAUAAUUACAUAAUAUAUUAUUAUUAUAUUACAAUGAUAUGUUCAUUGUUAAACGUUUUGUGCUAAAAACAAUGAUGAAAGGUGCUUUACAAAUAGAAAAUGAUUAAGGUUGUUAUUAAUUUGAAUGUUAAUAUUAUGAUUAUUCAGGUGGAGGCGGGUCUUAAACCAGAUACCAGUCAAGUGAAGUUUAUCCCUUGGGAGGCAGGGCCAUACCAGGUGGAGCUGACCUAUGACGGCACUCCGAUCCCAGGAUCCCCCUUCAACCCCACCGCCUACCCCCCCACCGACGCUACCAAGGUAAACACGCCCUCUGACCCCUGACCUCUAACCCCUGACCUCUAACCCCUAACCUCUAACCCCUAACCUCUAACCCCUAACCUCUAACCCCUGACCUCUAACCCCUGACCUCUAACCCCAUGACCUCUAACCCCUGGCCUCUAACCCCUGGCCUCUAACCCCUGGCCUCUAACCCCUGGCCUCUAACCCCUGACCUCUAACCCCUAACCUCUAACCCCUGACCUCUAACCCCUCUAACCCCUGACCUCUAACCCCUGACCUCUAACCCCUGACCUCUAACCCCUGACCUCUAACCCCUAACCUCUAACCCUGACCUCUAACCCCUGACCUCUAACCCCUGACCUCUAACCCCUGACCUCUAACCCCUGACCUCUGACCCCUGACCUCUAACCCCUAACCUCUAACCCCUGACCUCUAACCCCUGACCUCUAACCCCUAACCCCUAACCCCUAACCUCUAACCCCUAACCCCUAACCCCUAACCCCUAACCCCUAACCCCUAACCCCUAACCUCUAACCCCUAACCCCUAACCUCUAACCCCUAACCCCUAACCUCUAACCCCUAACCUCUAACCUCUAACCCCUAACCUCUCUAAUCCCCCUGACCUCUGACCCCUGACCUCUAACCCUGACCUCUACCCCCUGACCUCUAACCCCUGACCUCCAACCCUGACCUCUAACCCUGACCUCUAACCCCUGACCUCUAACCCCUGACCUCUAACCCCUGACCUCUAACCCCUAACCUCUAACCCCUGACCUCUAACCCCUGACCUCUAACCCCUGACCCCUAACCCCUAACCUCUAACCCCUGACCUCUAACCCCUGACCUCUAACCCCUGACCUCUAACCCCUGACCUCUAACCCCUGACCUCUAACCCCUAACCUCUAACCCCUAACCUCUAACCUCUAACCUCUAACCCCUAACCUCUAACCUCUAACCCCUAACCUCUAACCUCUAACCCCUAACCUCUCUAAUCCCCCUGACCUCUGACCCCUGACCCUGUAUGUCCUGUCUCCCCCCAUGUCUGUCAGGUGAAGUGUUCCGGCCCAGGUUUGGAGCGUGCCAAGAUGGGAGAGACAGGGGAGUUUGUGGUGGACUGUACCAACGCGGGUCCGGCUGAGCUGACCAUAGAGAUCAUCGGUGACAGCGGGACAGAGGCAGAGGUCCACAUCCAGGACAAUGGAGACGGAACCUACACCAUCACCUACAUCCCCCUGUGCCCCGGCUCAUACACCCUCACCAUCCGCUACGGGGGGCAGGAUGUACCCAACUUCCCAGCCCGCCUCGCCGUGGAGCCGGCCGUCAACACCAGCGGAGUCCUCGUGUUCGGACCGGGAGUAGAGGGCAAAGGUCAGAGAGUGUUCCGUCCCCUAGGCGUGUUCUUAGUGUGUGCUUUGUGUUGUAGGCGUGUCCUAAGCAUGUGUUAUGUCCUGCAGGUCUAUUAACUGGUCCUUUGUAGCUCAGUUGGGAGAGCAUGGCGCUUGUAACGCCAGGGUAGUGGGUUUGAUUCCCGGGACCACCCAUACGUAAAAUGUAUGCAUGCAUGACUGUAAGUCACUUUGGAUAAAACCGUCUGCUAAAUGGUGUCCGCACUGUGAACCCGAAUAAAUACAUCAAAUAUAUAUAAGCUAUGUUUACGCAGCGUUGUAUGCCUCUUGAGUGAAUCUGAGCUGGAAAAAAAAAAAUCUGUCUAUUCCGUUAAAACAACUAGAGCCUAUAGGUUGUAAUCAACGUUCUAAUCUUAACUGGCGCAUUUCAAACCAUCCUUUUGUGGGGUGCAGCUGGGAACUAGUUCUGUACGAUGGCGAGUGGUGCGGUCGGUAAACCAGGAGGAUUCUCCAUUAUCAUUUAAAUCUCCAGUUUGGGAACAUUUUGGCUUCCCAGUAGAAUACAGCAGCGAUGAACAGAGAGUAUGGUCGCCACUGCUCAACGAGAACAGCCCAUGCAGCUGCCAACACCUCAAACAUGUUGACACAUUUACGCCAAACAUUACCACAGUAUUCCUACCACCUGGCCAGAGAAAUUACAACAUUGAUAGGUAUGUUUAUAGUGGCGGAGAAGAAUAGGGGGUUUCAGCACCUCGUGAAAGAAAUUCGAGCCACAUUACAAACUUUGCCCUCUCGCACCCAAUUCAGUAAACAGGUAGUAUUCGCUCUAUAUAAGCAAGCGAAAGCUUGAAUUGGCCAAUGCACUUCGUGUUGCGCUUACUACAGAUGGAUGGAUCUCCAGGGCUACAGGGAGCUACUUAACAGUGACAGCCCAUCACAUGACCCUGGAGUGGGGAAUCAGAAGUACCAUGCUACAGACACGCCCCCUUUAUGAGAGUCACACAAGUGGACAUAUUUUUGUCUUUGUAAGAAAACAUUAUAGCAUAGAUCAAUACAUCUAUAGAUCUAUACAAUGUCUGAACCAUGUUCACAACAUAGACCUAAACAAUGUCUGAGCCAUGUUCAGUGGCGCAGUGGUCUAAGGCACUGCAUUGCAGUGCUAGCUGUGACACUAGAGAUCCUGGUUCGAAUCCAGGCUCUGUCGUAGCCGGCCGCGUCCGGGAGACCCAUGGGGCGGUGUGCAAGUCGUCCAGGGUAGGGGAGGGAAUGGCUGGCAGGGAUGUAGCUCAGUUGGUAGAGCAUGGCGUUUGCAAUGCCAGGGUUGUGGGUUUGAUUGCCACGGGGGAAAUGAAAAAUAAAAAUAAAAACGUAUGCACUCACUAACUGUAAGUCGCUCUGGAUAAGAAGGUCUGCUAAAUGAAUAAAAUGUUAUUAUAGCAUAGACCUAUAGAAUGUCUGACCCAAUUAAAUGGCAUAUAUUAUUAUUUCUUAGUGUGUUCUGGGCCCUACAUGUGUUCUGGGCCCUACGUGUGUUCUGUGUUCUAGGCGUGUUCUAGGCAUGUUCUAAGUGUGUGCUCUGUGUUCUAAGCGUGUGUUCUGAGUUCUAGGCAUGUUCUAAGCGUGUGCUGUGUGUUCUAGGCGUGUUCCGCGAGGCUACCACAGACUUCUCAGUAGACGCGCGGCCCCUGACCCAGACGGGAGGGAACCACAUCAAGACAGUGAUCCAGAACCCAUCUGGAGCCGUUACCGACGCUGUCAUCACCGACCACUAUGACGGAACCUACAGCGUAGAGUACACUCCCUACCAAGAAGGUGAGUUAGUACACUACCUAGUACACUACCUAGUACACUCCCUACCAAGAGGGUGAGUUAGUACACUACCUAGUACACUCCCUACCAAGAGGGUGAGUUAGUACACUACCUAGUACACUACCUAGUACACUCCCUACCAAGAGGGUGAGUUAGUACACUACCUAGUACACUACCUAGUACACUCCCUACCAAGAGGGUGAGUUAGUACACUACCUAGUACACUCCCUACCAAGAGGGUGAGUUAGUACACUACCUAGUACACUCCCUACCAAGAGGGUGAGUUAGUACACUACCUAGUACACUCCCUACCAAGAGGGUGAGUUAGUACACUACCUAGUACACUCCCUACCAAGAGGGUGAGUUAGUACACUACCUAGUACACUCCCUACCAAGAGGGUGAGUUAGUACACUACCUAGUACACUACCUAGUACACUCCCUACCAAGAGGGGGAGUUAGUACACUACCUAGUACACUACCUAGUACACUCCCUACCAAGAAGGUGAGUUAGUACACUACCUAGUACACUACCUAGUACACUCCCUACCAAGAGGGUGAGUUAGUACACUACCUAGUACACUCCCUACCAAAAGGGUGAGUUAGUACACUACCUAGUACACUACCUACCAAGAGAGGGAGUUAGUACACUACCUAGUACACGACCUACCAAGAGAGGGAGUUAGUACCCUACCGAGUACACUCCCUACCAAGAGGGUGAUUUAGUACACUACCUAGUACACUCCCUACCAAGGUGAGUUAGUACACUACCUAGUACACUCCCUACCAAGGUGAGUUAGUACACUACAUAGUACACUACCUACCAAGAGGGUGAGUUAGUACACUACCUAGUACACUACCUAGUACACUCCCUACCAAGGUGAUUUAGUACACUACCUAGUACACUCCCUACCAAGAGGGUGAGUUAGUACACUACCUAGUACACUCCCUACCAAGGUGAUUUAGUACACUACCUAGUACACUCCCUACCAAGGUGAGUUAGUACACUACCUAGUACACUACCUACCAAGAGGGUGAGUUAGUACACUACCUAGUACACUACCUAGUACACUCCCUACCAAGAGGGUGAGUUAGUACACUACCUAGUACACUACCUAGUAACACUCCUACCAAGAGGAGUGAGUUAGUACACUACCUAGUACACUCCCUACCAAGAGGGUGAGUUUAGUACACUACCUAGUACACUACCUAGUACAACUCCCUACCAAGGAGGGUGAGUUAGUACACUACCUAGUACACUACCUAGUACACUACCUAGUACACUCCCUACCAAGAAGGUGAGUUAGUACACUACCUAGUACACUACCUAGUACACUCCCUACCAAGAGGGUGAGUUAGUACACUACCUAGUACACUCCCUACCAAGAGGGUGAGUUAGGUAACACUACCUAGUACACUCCCUACCAAGAGGGUGAGUUAGUACACUACCUAGUACACUACCUAGUACACUCCCUACCAAGAGGGUGAGUUAGUACACUACCUAGUACACUCCCUACCAAGAGGGUGAGUUAGUACACUACCUAGUACACUCCCUACCAAGAAGGUGAGUUAGUACACUACCUAGUACACUCCCUACCAAGAGGGUGAGUUAGUACACUACCUAGUACACUCCCUACCAAGAGAGUGAGUUAGUACACUACCUAGUACACUACCUACCAAGAGGGUGAGUUAGUACACUACCUAGUACACUACCUAGUACACUCCCUACCAAGAGGGUGAGUUAGUACACUACCUAGUACACUCCCUACCAAGAGGGUGAGUUAGUACACUACCUAGUCCACUCCGUACAGAGAGGGUGAGUUAGUACACUACCUAGUACACUCCGUACAGAGAGGGUGAGUCUUGCUUUGUUCACACAGUGGUUGGCAACAGAACUUUGCUAGUGCAACCUGCCAGCGUAGAGACUAGUUUUACUGUCUGAAGAGUGGUGGCCAACCAUAUCCUAUCGUUCUUUCUGCCUGACAUCCCUGUUUAUGAUGAUGAGAUGACAUUACAGUUUAUUGUCUGUGAUGAGUCUGUAUUACAGCGCAUUCGGAAAGUAUUCAGACCCCUUGACUUUUUCCACAUUUUGUUACGUUACAGCCUUAUUCUAAAAUUGAUUAAAUUGUAUUUUUUCCUCAUCAAUCUACACACACUUCCCCAUAAUGACAAAGCAAAAACAGGUUUUUAGACAUUUUUGCUAAUUUCUAAUUUAAUUGUUUUGGGGAAAUAUCACAUUUACAUAAGUAUUCAGACCCUUUACUCAGUACUUUGUUGAAGCACCUUUAGCAGUGAUUACAGCCUCGAGUCUUCUUGGGUAUGACGCUACAAGCUUGGCACACUUGUAUUUGGGGAGUUUCUCCCACUCUUCUCUGCAGAUCCUCUCAAGCGCUGUCAGGUUGGAUGGGGAGCGUCGCUGCACAGCUAUUUUCAGGUCUCUCCAGAGAUGUUAGAUCGGGUUCAAGUCCAGGCUCUGGCUGGGCCACUCAAGGACAUUCAGAGACUUGUCCCGAAGCCACUCCUGCGUUGUCUUGGCUGUGUACUUAGGGUCGUUGUCCUGUUGGAAGGUGAACCUUCGCCCCAGUCUGAUGUCUCCUCCCUGACCAAGGCCCUUCUCCCCCGAUUGCUCAGUUUGGUCAGGUGGCCAGCUCUUGAAAGUCUUGGUGGUUCCAAACUUCUUCCAUUUAAGAAUGAUGGAGGCCACUGUGUUCUUGGGGACCUUCAAUGCUGCAGACAUGUUUUGGUACCCUUCCCCAGAUCUGUGCCUCGACACAAUCCUGUCUUGGAGCUCUACGGACAAUUCCUUCGACCUUAUGGCUUGGUUUCUGCUCUGACAUGCACUGUCAACUGUGGGACCUUAUUUAGACAGGUGUGUGCCUUUCCAAAUAAUGUCCAAUCAAUUGAAUUUACCACAGGUGGACUCCAAUCAAGUUGUAGAAACAUCAAGGAUGAUCAAUGGAAACAGGAUGCACCUGAGCUCAAUUUCGAGUCUCAUCACAAAGGGGAUGAAUAGUUAUGUAAAUAAGGUAUUUCUGUUUUUUUAUUUUUAAUAAAUUUGAUAACAUUUCUAAAAACCUGUUUUCACUUUGUCAUUAUGGGGUAUUGUGUGUAGAUUGAUGAGGGAUACAUUUUUAAAAAUCAAUUUCAGAAUAAGACUGAAUACUUUCCGAAUAAACUGUACCUAGGUUGAUAGAGACACGAGGAACCUCAAGAGAUAACCAACCCUGGGAGCGGGUUUGGUGCCUUGUAUUUUAUACUUUAACAGAGAAGUGAGAUGGGGUAUUGUGUGUAGAUUAGAGGGGGGGGGAAACGAUUUAAUCCAUUUUAGAAUAAGGCUGUAACGUAACAAAAUGUGGAAAAAGUAAAGUGGUCUGAAUACUUUCCGAAUACACUGUAUAUACUAUAUGUUCUGUCCAGGUCCCCCCAGUGUAGAGGUGAUCUAUAUGAUAACUCUGUUCUGUCCAGGUCCCUCCAGUGUAGAGGUGAUCUAUAUGAUAACUCUGUUCUGUCCAGGUCCCCCCAGUGUAGAGGUGAUCUAUAUGAUAACUCUGUUCUGUCCAGGUCCCCCCAGUGUAGAGGUGAUCUAUAUGAUAACUCUGUUCUGUCCAGGUCCCUCCAGUGUAGAGGUGAUCUAUAUGAUAACUCUGUUCUGUCCAGGUCCCUCCAGUGUAGAGGUGAUCUAUAUGAUAACUCUGUUCUGUCCAGGUCCCUCCAGUGUAGAGGUGAUCUAUAUGAUAACUCUGUUCUGUCCAGGUCCCCCCAGUGUAGAGGUGAUCUAUAUGAUAACUCUGUUCUGUCCAGGUCCCUCCAGUGUAGAGGUGAUCUAUAUGAUAACUCUGUUCUGUCCAUGUCCCUCCAGUGUAGAGGUGAUCUAUAUGAUAACUCUGUUCUGUCCAGGUCCCCCCAGUGUAGAGGUGAUCUAUAUGAUAACUCUGUUCUGUCCAGGUCCCCACAGUGUAGAGGUGACGUACGAUGAGACACCAGUACCCAACAGUCCGUUCCGUGUUGCCGUGAUGGAGGGGUGUGACCCGGGACGUGUGCGUGUGCAUGGACCCGGCCUGGACACAGGCAUCACCAACAAAGCCAAUCAAUUCACAGUGGAGACCCGGUACGACACACACAGGCACACACACAGCUUCGGGAGACUGUCUGGCCUGUGUUACAGAAUGAUGACCUUUCCAACCCCCCUCGCGCUCUCUCUCUCUCUCUCUCUCUCUCUCUCUCUCUCUCUCUCUCUCUCUCUCUCUCUCUCUCUCUCUCUCUCUGUCUCUCUCUCUGUCUCUUUCUCUGUCUCUUUCUCUGUCUCUCUGUGUCUCUCUCUCUCUGUCUCUCUCUGUCUCUCUCUCUCUCUCUCUCUCUCUCUCUCUGUCUCUCUCUCUCUCUCCUCUCUCUCUCUCUCUCUCUCUGUCUCUCUCUCUCUCUCUCUCUCUCUCUGUCUCUCUCUCUGUCUCUCUCUCUGUCUCUCUGUGUUUCUCUCUGUCUCUCUCUGUCUCUCUCUCUCUCUCUGUCUCUGUCUCUCUCUCUCUCUCUCUCUCUCUCAAUUCAAUUCAAUUUAAGGGCUUUAUUGGCAUGGGAAACGUAUGUUAACAUUGCCAAAGCAAGUGAAGUAGAUAAUAAACAAAAGUGAAAAGAACUAUGUAGAAUUAACAGUAAACAUUACACUCAGAAGUUCCAAAGGAAUAGACACAUUUCAAAUGUCAUAUUAUGUGUAUAUAUACAGUGUUGUAACAAUGUGCAAAUAGUUAAAGUACAAAAGGGGAAAUAAAUAAACAUAAAUAUGGGUUGUAUUUAAAAUGGUGCUUGUUCUUCACUGGUUGCCCUUUUCUUGUGGCAACAGGUCACAAAUCUUGCAGCUGUGAUGGCACAUUGUGGUUUUUCACCCAGUAGAUAAGGGAGUUUAUCAAAAUUGGGUUUGUUUUCGAAUUCUUUGUGGGUCGCUGUAAUCUGAGGGAAAUAAGUGUCUCUAAUAUGGUCAUACAUUUGGCAGGAGGUUAGGAAGUGCAGCUCAGUUUCCACCUCAUUUUGUGGGCAGUGUGCACAUAGCCUGUCUUCUCUUGAGAGCCAGGUCUGACUACGGCGGCCUUUCUCAAUAGCAAGGCUAUGGUCACUGAGUCUGUACAUAGUCAAAGCUUUCCUCAAGUUUGGGUCAGUCACAGGGGUCAGGUAUUCUGCCACUGUGUACUCUCUGUUUAGGGUCAAAUAGCAUUCUAGUUUGCUCUGUUUUUUUGUUAAUACUUUUGAAUGUGUCAAAUAAUUAUAUUUUUGUUUUCUCAUGAUUUGGUUGGGUCUAAUUGUGUUGUUGUCCUGGGGCUCUGUGGGGUCUGUUUGUGUUCGUGAACAGAGCCCCAGGUCCAGCUUGCGUAGGGGACUCUUCUCCAGGUUCAUCUCUCUGUAGGUGAUGGCUUUGUUAUGGAAUGUUUGGGAAUCGCUUCCUUUUAAGUGGUUAUAGAAUUUAACGGCUCUUUUCUGGAUUUUGAUCAUUAGCGGGUAUCGGCCUAAUUCUGCUCUGCAUGCAUUAUUUGGUGUUUAUCAUUGUACAUGGGGGAUAUUGUUGCAGAAUUCUGCAUGUAGUGUCUCAAUUUGGUGUUUGUCCCAUUUUGUGAAUUCUUGGUUGGUGAGCGGACCCCAGACCUCAGAACCAUAAAGGGCAAUGGGUUCUAUAACUGAUUCAAGUAUUUUAGCCAGAUCCUAAUUGGUAUGUCAAAUGUUAUGUUCCUUUUGAUGGCAUAGAAGGCCCUUCUUGCCUUGUCUCUCAAAGGGCGGCAGGUAGCUUAGUGGGUAAGAGCGUUGUGCCAGUAACCGAAAGGUCGCUGGUUCUAAUCCCCGAGCCGAUUAGGUGAAAAAUCUGUCGGUGCCCUUGAGCAAGGCACUUAACCCUAAUUGCUCCUGUAAGUCGCUCUGGAUAAGAGCGUCUGCUAAAUGACUAAUUAUAUUAUUAUUUAUUAUUAUAAUUAUUAUAAAUCGUUCACAGCUUUGUGGAAGUUACCUAUGGCGCUGAUGUUUAGGCCGAGGUGUGUAUCCUUUUUUUGUGUGCUCUAGGGCAACGGUGUCUAGAUGGAAUUUGUGGUCCUGGCAACUGGACCUUUUUUGGAACACCAUUAUUUUGGACUUACUGAGAUUUACUGUCAGGGCCCAGGUCUGCCAGAAUCUGUGCAGAAGAUCUAGGUGCUGCUGUAGGCCCUCCUUGGUUGGGGACAGAAGCACCAGAUCAUCUGCAAACAGUAGACAUUUCACUUCAGAUUCUAGUAGGGUGAGGCCGGGUGCUGCAGACUGUUCUAGUGCCCUAGCCAAUUCGUUGAUAUAUAUAUGGUGAAGAGGGUGGGGUUCAAGCAGCAUCCCUGUCUCACCCCACGGCCUGUGGAAAGAAAUGUGUGUUUUUGCCACUUUUAACUGCACAUUUGUUGUUUGUGUACAUGGAUUUUAGAAUGACUCUCUCUCUCUCUUUCCCUCUCUCUCUCACCGUAGUGGUGCGGGUACAGGGGGUCUGGGUCUGGCUGUAGAGGGCCCGUCGGAGGCGAAGAUGUCCUGCACCGACAACAAAGAUGGCAGCUGCAGUGUGGAGUACAUUCCGUACGAGGCUGGAACAUAUAACCUCAACAUCACCUACGGAGGACAGCCUAUCGGUGGUACGGCCACACCCACAGACACACGCACUGGUACAUGUGUAUUGUGCCUCUAAAUUGUGGAGGUAACGAGUGAAGUUCCCAAUCCAUAAAGAUAGCUAGUGAAGUUCUCAAUCUGUAAAGAUAGCUAGUGAAGUUCCCAAUCCAUAAAGAUAGCUAGUGAAGUUCUCAAUCUGUAAAGAUAGCUAGUGAAGUUCUCAAUCUGUAAAGAUAGCUAGUGAAGUUCUCAAUCUGUAAAGAUAGCUAGUGAAGUUCCCAAUCUGUAAAGAUAGCUAGUGAAAUUCUCAAUCUGUAAAGAUAGCUAGUGAAAUUCUCAAUCUGUAAAGAUAGCUAGUGAAAUUUCCAAUCUGUAAAGAUAGCUAGUGAAGGUCCUAAUCUGUAAAGAUAGCUAGUGAAGUUCCCAAUCUGUAAAGAUAGCUAGUGAAAUUCUCAAUCUGUAAAGAUAGCUAGUGAAGUUCUCGAUCUGUAAAGAUAGCUAGUGAAGUUUCCAAUCUGUAAAGAUAGCUAGUGAAGGUCCUAAUCUGUAAAGAUAGCUAGUGAAAUUCUCAAUCUGUAAAGAUAGCUAGUGAAAUUCUCAAUCUGUAAAGAUAGCUAGUGAAGGUCCCAAUCUAGGAUAAUAAAAAACUAGUAUACACAAAGCCCACAUUUGACCUGCAGUUUAUUAACCCCCUGAUCUCUCUUCUCACCAGUUGAUACCAAAGUAACCCCCUGAUCUCUCUUCUCACCAGUUGAUACCAAAGUAGUAUAGUCCCCUGUACUCAGUUGGUAGAGCAUGGUUCGUUUCCCACGGGGGGCCAGUAUGAAAAUGUAUGCACUCACUAACUGUAAGUCGCCCCCUGAUCUCUCUCCUCACCAGUUGAUACCAAAUUAACCCCUGAUCUCUCUCGCUCUCACGCUCUCUCUAUCUCUCUCUCCACCUCUGUCUCUUUCGUCCUUCAUCUCUCUCUCCCUUCACCUCUCUCUCUCUUCAUCUCUCCCUUCCUCUCUCUCUCUCCCUUCCUCUCUCUCUCUCCCUUCAUCUCUCUCUCUCUUCAUCUCUCUCUCUCCCUUCAUCUCUCUCUCCCUUCAUCUCUUUCUCUCCCUUCAUCUCUCUCUCUCCCUUCAUUUCUCUCUCCCUCUCUCUCUCUCCGUCUUUAGGCAGUCCCUUCCAGGUGCCCGUCAGCGACACGGUGGACAGUUCUAUGGUGAAGUGUAAGGGGGAGGGGCUUGGAACCAACGUGCGUGCCAACAUUCCACAGGCCUUCACCGUGGACGCAUCUAAAGCAGGAGUCGCCCCUCUGCAAGUCCGAGUACAAGGACCCAAAGGUGUGUGUGUACGAGCCCUCUCUUUGAGUGUAGAACCUUUGGUUCAUGUGUAGAACUCUGGUUGCUCUCUCUCUUGUGUGUUUUUGGUGUGUGUGUGUACGUUUGGUGUGUGUGUUUUGGUGUUUUUGGUGUGUGUGUGUGUGUGUGUGUGUGUGUGUGUGUGUGUGUGUGUGUGUGUAGGUGUGGUGGAGCCAGUAGAGUGUGUGGAUAAUGGAGACCAGACUCACACAGUGAACUACAUCCCCACCAGAGAGGGACCUUACUCUAUCAACGUACUGUACGCUGACCAAGACAUCCCACACAGGUAACACACACACACAGGCAACACAAACACACACAUGCAACACACACACACACAUGCAACACACACAGGCAACACACACACACAGGCAACACACACACACAGGCAACACACACACACACACACAAACACAUGCAACACACUCACACAUGCAACACACACACACAGGCAACACACACACACACAGGCAACACACACACACACACACACACACACACACACACACACACAGGCAACACACACACACACACACACACACACACAGGCAACACACACACAUGCAACACACACACACAAACACACACACAAACACAGGCAACACAAACACAGGCAACACACACACACAUGCAACACACACACACAGGCAACACACACACACAAACACAGGCAACACAAACACAGGCAACACACACACACAUGCAACACACAUACACAGGCAACACACACACACACACAGGCAACACACACACACAGGCAACACACACACACACACAGGCAAAAUGGGACAUCAGCUUCACACAAAAACACAGUUCUGAUAUUGCCCCCCCCCCCAGUCCCUACAAGGUGAAGGUGUUGCCUACCCAUGAUGCCAGUAAGGUGCGUGCCAGCGGCCCCGGUCUCAACACCACCGGAGUGCCCGCCUCUCUGCCUGUCGAGUUCACCAUCGACGUUCAGGAUGCAGGAGAGGGGCGGCUCGCAGUGCAGAUC